CGGCCGGAAGCGGAAGUCAGGUGGCCGUCGGCUCCUGGCGGAAGUGAGUCGGUUACCGGGAGCGCCGGAGUGGAGCGCGGGGUGUAGGGCCGCCUGGUGGGCCGCAGAUCGAAACAGCCUGAACGUUAAACGGUGCAGCUGCCUCAAAUCCCUGAGAAUUUCAGAAUGACUGACACUUCUGAAGCUGUUCCAAGUUUUGAAGAGAUGUUUGCCAGUAGAUUCACAGAAGAUGACAAAGAGUACCAGGAGUACCUGAAACGCCCUCCUGAGUCCCCUCCAAUUGUUGAGGAAUGGAACAGCAGAGCUGGUGGGAGCCACAGGAAUCGAGGCAACCGGUUGCAAGAUAACAGACAGUUUAGAGGUAGGGAUGGCAGACGGGGGUGGCCAAGUGACAAUCGAUCCAAUCAGUGGCAUGGACGAUCCUGGGGUAACAAUUACCCACAGCACAGACAAGAACCGUAUUACCCCCACCAGUAUGGACACUGUGGUUAUAACCAGCGGCCUCCGUACGGCUACUACUAAUAGGAGUGUCAGCAGCUUGCAGUACAGCCACUUACUAUGUUAACGUGACGCCGGUGCGCGCGCGUGUUCUGUUGGCCAUAGUUUUACAGCUUCAUUUCAGAGAGUGGAUUAUUAAUUUUUUGGAACUUGAGACUUUAAAAAAAAAUUAGAUCUUACUAGAGAGAUGUGAUAGUUGCCCAGAAUAAAUACUCCCCUAAAAAGGUUGUGGCUUAUAUCACUUGACCUCUACCUCAGAUUAUUUGUUUCAUGACUUGUUUGACCUCCAGGAGUUCUGUUUUACACAGAAAUAAAAACUUUAAAAUAGAAAA